UUUCAUCAGUUUCAUUUUAACCUUUGUCGUGGCCGCACGGAAUGGCACGGAUUGGUGAACGAAAUUAAAUUAUCAAAUUUAUCCGAAAUAUGCACAAUAAAUUGAAUUAUUGUGCAUUGCACUGUCUACGCGUCUGAGCACUAAAACAGUGCCCUAUAAUUUGCGCGUGCCGAAUAGCAAAUGCAAAUCAAAAUUCUCGGUGCAGCGAACAACUGCGAUUGCAAAUGCAAUUGCAAUAACAAUAGCAAUUACAAAAGCAACAACAAAAACAAGAUACACAGCAAUUAAAUUUUAAGUGCAACUGUGUGUGGCGCCUCAAGCGCCGUUAUUUAAUACCAAGCACCUCAACAAAAAGCCGUCAAAAUGUCAUCGCUAGAGGUGCGCAACAAUUCGGCCAUGAUGAAGCGGGCCGAGCAACUGAAGCGCUGGGAGGAGUCCGACACCAAUCGAGCCGCUCCCUCUCCACGCCACGAGCACAGCCGCAGGAUCAAAUUCAGCUCGGGCUGUGUUUUCUUGGCCGCCUGUCUAUCGGGCGACAAGGAGGAGGUGGUGCAGCUGCUCGAGCAGGGCGCCGACAUAAACACGGCCAAUGUUGACGGGCUCACGGCUUUGCAUCAGGCCUGCAUCGAUGACAAACUCGACAUGGUUGAGUUUUUAAUAGAGCACGGAGCCGAUAUUAAUCGGCAAGACAACGAGGGCUGGACGCCACUGCAUGCUACCGCCUCCUGCGGCUUUGUUAGCAUAGCCUGCUACCUGGUGGAGCACAACGCGGAUGUGGCUGCCGUGAAUAGUGAUGGGGAUCUGGCACUGGAUUUGGCCAUCGAUGUGCAGCAUAUGCCCAUGAUUAACUAUAUGGAAAAGGUGGUGCAGGAGCUCAAUAUUGAUGUGGAUCAGGCACGCAGAGCCGAGGAGCAGGCCAUGCUGAAGGAUGCGAAGCGCGGUGAUCUGUCCGAAGUGGAUCGACCGCAUCCGAAAACAGGUGCAACAGCGUUGCAUGUGGCCGCGGCCAAGGGCUAUGCGAAAGUGAUGCGUCUGCUGCUCGCCGCUGGCUGCAACGUGGAUAGGCAGGACAACGAUGGCUGGACACCAUUGCAUGCUGCCGCACACUGGGGCCAGAAGGAGGCGGCUGAAAUGCUGGUUGAGUCACUGGCCGAUAUGGAUAUCACGAAUUAUGCUGGCCAGACCUGCAUCGAUGUGGCCGAUCGCAAAAUGGUCAAAUUCCUCGAAGAACUGCGCGCCAACAAGCGCAACAAACGGCGUCCAUCUAGUCAAAUCAGAAAUCAUUCGUUCUCUUACAGCAGAAUCUCAGAUGCGAUUGAAAAUCAUGUGGACAAAACACGAACGAAACUCGUACGCGUUGAAGUGAGAACUGAUACCGCUAAGGAUGCUGCGAGCGGCUCGCUUAAUACCAGCGCCCACUUGGCGCCCCAAGAUGUUGAUGCUAUAGUUGAGACUGCUGCCACGGAUCAUAAUGAUGAUGUUGAUGUUGAUGAUAAUGAAGAUGAUACCGAUUCAGAGCUCAGCGACUCCACAGAGAGCUCACACAGCACAAGUUUAACCGAGAGCGAAGCUGAAAAUGUUAAGCCCAAUCAGCAUAUUCAUGCCGCCGAGCAUUCUGGCGAGGAGGAGGCGCCCUGGCGACGCAAAACGCUGCGUACGCCCAACGACAGUCCCACUAAGAAUCAAGUUCCUGACAAAGAGCUAAGCGGCAAGAGCGCCAAUGAGACCGCCAACGAUGUCAUCUUGCGACGCACCCAAAGCUUUGAGAAUGAUCAAAAAUUCUAUCAAAAGUACAAUGAGCUGCGGGCACGCAUAAAGGCGAACUCAUGUCCCAUACUGCCAGCGACGACGGCGGCGAAUGCUCUGCCCGGCAAUAAUGCUAAUAACAACAAUAACCAAAGUAGCAAUAACAACAACAAUAACAAUAACAACAAUAAUAAUAACAAUAAGAGCGCGCUGCUGUUGGGAAAGACUGUGAGCACAACCAGCAUCAGCAGCAGUGGCAGCAGCAGCAACAACACAACAACAACAACAACUACUACUACAACCACAUUCUACACACACACCAACAACACAACCACAACAACAACAGCAACUGCAGCUGCUACAGCCUAUCCAAGUCAAAUUUAUAGCGUACAAAGAUCGGCAUCCCUCAAAGAUAACUCAGUAUAUUUCAGGAAACCAAUUGCUCCAGCUACGAUGCUUACGGCAGCAACAACAACGACUACAACCACAACAACGACGCUCAGCUCACCCGCAUCAACUGUGCUCACCCCACCUAUUCGCAGCAAUCCGGCCAGCAACAACAACAACAAUAAUAAUAAUAACAUCAACAACAACAAUAACAACAACAAUGGUAACUCUACGGCCAGCGCCAGUGCGAGCGAUGUGGAGACCCCGAAACCCAAGCAAUCGGCUGGCAAUAUAUUCAAGAACUUUUUCAAAUCCUUUGUGCCGCCUGUGCGUGACGAGGAAAGCGAAACUCAACGCAAGGCUCAUGCGAAGCGAGUACGUGAGACGCGUCGGUCCACGCAAGGCGUUACGCUCGAGGAGAUCAAGAGCGCCGAGGAGCUGGUGAAGAAGAAGAACCUGGGCAUGAACAACAACAACAACAAUAACAACAACAACAGCAGCAGCAAUGAAACAAGCUCCACCACUGCAACACCAGCAACUCCAAGCACAACAACUGCAACAACAACAACGGCAGCAACAGUCAACAAUAGCAGUGAGAACGAUUUUGACGACAGCAGCCAGCCAGAGGCGCAGCCCCCACCACCGCCCACAAGUCCGCCACCAGCCAUAAUACCCAGGACAGCAACCACAGCAGAUGAUUCGGAAAUAAUUGAAGCUGUGGUUGGCAGCGCCGACACCACCGCUAGCUUCACACUGGCACCGCCAGCACACACACAUGCUGCUGGCGAGGAUGAUGACCAGCAGACGGCGGUCAGUGCCAGCUAUACGAUAGUCUCUAGGCGAGAGAAGCCCGUCGAGUCUGAGACCGAUCAGGAGAAGAAGAAACAAGAGGCGGAAGAGUCGAGCAGCCACAAACAACUAAAGACUGACCCAGUAGUUGCCAAGCAAGCGCGCGUGACGGGCACAGAAGCCAGCGGCGAGUCGACGCCGAUUCCUGCAAGACCCACAGAGCUGCCGCUCGCCGCCGCAGCGCCAACUGAGAGCAGAGCGGCGACAACGCCGACGCCCGUAACAACGCCCGGCAGUCUAGAGAGUCCGGUGCGGUUGCGCGAUAAGCGCAAUCUGAGCAGCAGCUCGGCUGGCGGAUCUGCUCAGGAUGCGGAUGGCAAGUCGGAUACGGCCUCGCCAGUGGCUGCACAUGCAGAUUUUAAUGCGCGCGACUCGUUGCUUAGCCUGUACGCGCGUCGCACUAUGGAGAGUGGUGCAGGUGGUGUUGGUGGUGCGGCGACUUCUGCUGCUGCUACUGUUGUUGCGCCAUCAACGUCUUCUUCUUCAAGCACAUCCAUAUCAGCAGCUGAGCGACGUCCGUCUUGGCGUCUCAAGUUCGAUGCGGGCUCAAAGUUCAAGCUGGAGGAUAUCACCAGCGGUGGCACCUACCCGCCCAAUCAGAGCACCAUCAUACCCAGCGCACCAGCGGUCAUGGCAGCGGUCAAUUUGGCCAGCACCGCGGGCAGCCAGCGUCGCAUCAGCAGUGGGCCCAAUGCGCUUAAUGCUUCCAAUCAGUCGCUCAACUCUGUGGGUCGUCCUGUCUCGGCGCCUAGUGAGAGCAUUAAUAAUAGCGCCUAUGUAACGCCACCGGCGCGCAGAUAUGAAACGUCUACGCUGCCGGCAACUGCCACAACAACAGCAACUGCAACAACAACUGCCACGACAGCCAACAACUCUGCAACGUCUGCAUCCAGUGCCAACCAUGCAACGGCCACCAGCCAUGAAGAUAAGGAUAACGACAAGGAGAAUGAUAAUCGCACACAGACUGUUAUACAGCGACGUCGCAAGCCCAAGCGCAGAUCCACGGGCGUGGUGCAUAUCGAUAUGGAUGAAAUCGAUCCAGAGCGACAACAUGAAACGGCUAACAAUGACAACGAGGAUAAGGAGAAGGAGAGCGGCAGCGAACGUACCUCACGCUCGCGCACUGGAAGCACGGCGACAGCGAGCACCGGCAGCGACUCAAAGAGCUCCAGCAACAGCGAUAAAGCGGAAAACGGCGAUGGCAUCGAUUAUAAGGCGCUCUGGGAAGCGGCCAAAUUGGAGAACGACAAGCUCAAGCAACUGCUCAAGCAAAAGGAUGAGGAAGCGGUGCAGACGCGUGCAACGCUCGAGCGCUUUGCCAAUGCCACCACUAAAAACUCGCUCUCUGAGAUUGAGAAACGUGAGAGAAGAGCUAUGGAACGCAAGGUUUCCGAAUUGGAAGAAGAGCUCAAGCAACUCGAUGCCUACAAAUCGGACAACGAUCGCCUAAAGGAGGAGAACGCAGCGUUGAUUAGAGUAAUUAGUAAAUUAAGUAAAUGAAAUUAUGUCUUAACUUAAAUGUACUCCAAUCAAGAAUAACAAAAAGAAAAAAAAAAAAGAAAGAAAAACAAAAACAAAUCAACAUCAACAAAAAGCAAAUUCAACAAAAUUGAUAUAAAAAGCAAAGAAGAAAAGUUCUGUUUAAUAUUAUUAUAAUUAUUAUGAUUAUUAUAUUUUGUGUGUUAAGGCAUUUAAGAGCAAGUUGGGAACCAUGUUUCAAAAAUCGUUGAAAAUUGUUUGUUUUCUUUUCUUUUUUUUUUUUUUAAAUCUCUGUCUCUCUUCCAAAUUGAAUAUUAUAUAUAAUAUAUAAAGAAGUUGAUGAAUGGAGCGUAAAUUUGAUUUCUAUAUAUGUAUACAAGAAACAAAAUAGUGAAAAUUAUAAACAUCAAAAAGAAAAGGAAAAGUUAAGUAUAGAUUUUAGAUGUUGUAUAACGGUUAAUUUCAAACAAAAAGAAAAAUCUUUACGAAAAAACUGAGAAACAUAUUCAUCAAAUGAGCCCCUAGUUACAGAUUAGUUUAACUACAUACACAUAUUGCAUACAUAUAAAAAUAUAUAUUUUUCAUAUAUACAUAUAAAUUAUAUAUACACACACACCAUACACACAUACAAAAAACUCAUACAGCUAAAAAGUAAGAAAUUAAAUUGUUUGUGAGAAAUGUUUUUGAAAGCAUCCCACGCAAUGUCAACGUAAUUAAUUUAUUAAAGCUGUAAUUGUUUAUAAAGGAGAAAAAAAGAAGAAAAAGUGACGAAAACUUAACUCAUUUAGCUAUAAAUUACAAAUUUUGUAAACAAUCAGUGGAUAUUCAUAUGAGAGUUAUGCAUAUGCAACAAUACAAGAAAUAUAUGUAUAUAUGUAUAUUUCGAAUGUCUUAUAUAUGUAUAUGUAUGUAAACCAUGGCGCUACAAGUUGUAUAUAUCGAUAUAUAUAUAUACUCCUAAAUGUAUGCUACAGAAUGUUGCAUAUGCAUAUAGAAACUUGAUUUAAAUCAUUAUGUUAAUUUUAAGUUGUUCACUUUUUGGAAACGUAUUAUAUAUUGUCGUACUAUACUUAUUUGAAUUUCGCCUAUAUAUGAUUAUUGAAAAUUCGUUUAAGAGAUUUUUGUGUUACUCGUGAUGAAACGACAAAGCAAACAAACUGAAAAAAGAAAACAAAUAAGUGAAUUGUGUAAUAUGUAAAAUUGUGAGAAAAAAAUAUUCAAAUACGAAACUUAAUAAAUGUGAUCGCAAAGUAA